UUCUCUAGUUUUCUCCAAAAUUAUUAUCAAAAUUUUGGUGUGGAUUAGUUUAGAAAAUUUACUUCAGUAAGCUUAGUUUAGAAGACAGUGUGUCAUUGUACAUUUGUAGUGAUAUUCUCAUCCGUACAACGGGAGGUAUUUGGAACAUCAUUGGUUUGGAUAAAAAACUGGUGUUUGGUUUAAAUUGGUGUCUCCGAUGAUGGACCCUGAUGACGGCGCGGCCGUGUUUUGUGAUUCUCCGCUAUGGGACAACAACCUGACCUGGUACACGGAUGAUCCGGACUUUACCAACUGCUUCCAAAAGACAAUCCUUACUGUUAUUCCAUGCGCAUUCUUGUGGAUUUUCUUCCCCAUACAACUGUGCAUUAUUGCGCAUAAGAAAACAUCAGGGAAAGAUACCGGAACGUAUCUGUUCUGGACGAAGAUGACAAUGGGAAGUAUAUUGUGCGCCACCAGUAUUAUGGAGUUGAUCUUUUCCUCCUAUGGUCUGGCGGUGUAUGGAUCCCGACCGGUACUGGGUUACGACGUUCCCGUCCACCAGUACGCCGACAUUUUUAUGGCCGUAAUCCAGUUAUCAACCUACGUUUUGUACAUUUCUUAUGUGGUACUGGACUGGCGGAAGCGGCGCGCGUCUAAUGGAGCAUUGUUUAUUUUUUGGUUGCUGACGGCUAUUACGGAAGGUGUGAUCCUCCGGACGCAGAUAAAACUUCUCAUUGACCUUGGUGUCGACAGUUUAACGGAAAAAUUCCGCGUGGCUGUUCAAAUAAUACAAAGUGCCUUAAUACUGGCGCUGCUGAUAUUUUCCUCCUUCUCUUCGUAUUCAUGCCAUUUCGACAAAGAUGUUCAGAGCUUUGCAUCCCCGGAAAGGCAUUCGCCGUUCCUCAGUCAGCUGUUGUUCUGGUGGUUUAACCGAAUCGUGUAUCGCGGCUGGAAAUCAACAUUCACUGUGGACAAUUUAUGGCGAUUAAGUCCACAGGAGAAAGCCAAAACCGUGUCGGCUAUAUUUUUUAAACACUGGGAUAAUUAUGCAGCACGCAUGUCUUCUGUUCCGCUAGGGACGGUGUUGUUGAAAGCAUUUUGGAUGGAGCUCAUGUUUAGCUGCUUUCUGAAAUUAAUCUACAAUGCCAUGUUGUUCUCGGUGCCAGAACUAUUGCGCCGGUUGAUCUUCUUUGUCAAACAUCCUAAGGAUGAAAUUUGGAAAGGUUAUCUUUUUGCCGCAUUGUUACUCCUUGCUUCCAUGAUCCAGACCAUGUCUAUUGGACAUUAUUUCCAUCGGUGCAAUAUUUUGGGACUACGAAUACGCACGGCGUUGAUGAGCGCAGUUUACAGAAAGAUUUUGCGCACCGGGCCGUUUACACGAAGUGAAGCAAAUGCAAAACAAUUCCAGCCGACUAACCUGAUCUCGGUGGACGCGCAGCGGAUUAUGGAUUUAUCAUCAUUUAUAAAUCAGUUAUGGGAAGUGCCACUUCAGAUCGGCAUUUCCAUGUACCUGUUGCAUAAUGUUUUGGGUGCAUCAGCAUUUGCUGGAUUGGGUGUUAUGGUUUUGAGUAUACCCAUUGAAGUCGGCAUUGCAGUGUGGAGUAAGCGACUUCAGGUGAAACAAAUGGUGGCAAAAGACGCUCGUGUACGGUUAACUGGCGAAGUCUUUCGGGCAAUCAAACUUCUAAAACUGCACGCGUGGGAAGGAAUCUACGAAAAACGAAUAUUUCGAUUUCGUUCUGACGAGUUGAAAACAUUGCGAUCGAUAGCGUAUCUUACCGCGUUCUCUACGUUUUAUUCCAUUAUGUCACCUUUCAUUGUGGCUUUAGCAACGUUUGCUUGCUACGUGUUGGCCGGCCAUGUUCUGGACAGUGAAGAGGCGUUUGUUGCCAUCGCUGUUUUUAACAUCUUAAAAAACCCAAUGAAUAUGCUCCCUCCUACUAUUGGAAACGUCAUUCAGGCAAUGGUGGCGAAAACGCGCCUCACGAGUGCACUUAAUGCUGACGAACCCAAACCUUACGUGUCCGGCGUAAGUACCGGCAAACAACAGCCCGCCAACUACAGUACAGCCGUCACAAUUCGUAACGGUUAUUUCGCAUGGUCAGCCGAGCCUGGUCAUGAGUGCUUGUCGAAUAUCAACCUGGAAAUCCCAGCCGGCAAGCUAGUCGGUAUUGUGGGCCAAGCCGGAUCUGGAAAAACCGCCCUAUGUCGCGCCUUACUAGGACUGAUGAAUCGGCGAUCGGGAACCGUUGAAUCAGCGGAAUCAAUUGCAUACAUGCCGCAACAAGCAUGGCUGCAAAGCCGGUCAAUCAAAGACAAUAUUUUAUUUGGCCGGCCAUUUCAAAAGUCUGCCUACCAAACCGUUGUGCAGGACUGCGCUCUUGAAGAGGAUAUUGAGUCAUUCCAAGAACGGGAUGAAACUGUGUUAUCGGAUCAAGGUUCAAAUUUGAGCGGAGGACAACAGCAGCGGCUCUGUUUAGCGCGAACUGUUUACGGCCAUGCAGAAGUUUUUGUACUUGAUGAUCCUCUCAGCGCCUUGGACGCAAAAGUCGCGAAGUAUGUGUUCGAAAACGUUCUUGGACCAACGGGACUCUUAAAGGACAAAACGAGGAUUGUCGUCAUGAACGGUUACCACUUCCUCCCGUACAUUGACCACUUGGUUGUUCUGGAAGAUGGUCACAUCUCCGAAUCCGGCUCUUUCCAAGACCUCCUGCACUGCAACGGUCCCUUUGCCGAAUUCAUUCAGACCCAUCUGCGCAAUGAAAUUGAAGCGCUGCACGUCAACCCGGCUUUGGAUCCUGCGGAAGCCGAUCACCGCAAGAAGACGCUGGACGAAGUGGUACAGAAGCUUCCCCGUAGUAUGAAAACGUCCCUGCGCGAACACCGUCGCAGUCUGAUCGCAUCACGAAGGCCUCAGCGGUUAGCCUCGCAAAUCUCCCGCGUAGACUCCCUAGAAGAUCUUCACAGCCGGCUGAAACAGGUGCAACAAAAAGGGGACAAAGGGAGUAAGGGAUCUGAUGCGGGUCUUCAGGGAAAAGAAGGAAACGGUGUGAAACGGGCCAGUUGGCUGGUGUAUUGGCAAUUUAUGCGCACGGUGACCUUACGAAUAACCAUGUUGAUAUUGCUGACCAAUGCGGCAUCCACGGCGUUUUCCGUAUCGACGAGUAUCUGGUUGAGUGAAUGGGUGGAGGAUAAAAAUAUUUCCCAAGCCAAAGCUGAUGGACAUCCUGACAAUUAUACCAGAAAUUUGCGACUGGGAGUUUAUGGAGCAUUGGGCGCUUUGCAAGGAUUAUUUUUCUUCAUUUCGAUGAUGUGCUUGGCAUUUGGCCUGACACUGGCUAGUCGAAUACUGCAUAAUCGAAUGCUGCGGCAUCUAAUUAAAGCGCCCAUGUGGUUUUUCGACACUACGCCACUAGGCCGCAUCACAAAUCGAUUUAGCAAGGACGUGGAUACUGUCGAUGUCAAUGUUCCGCAAAGUCUCCGGCAGUGCUUGAAUUCGCUGUUCAAUAUUUUAGGGACACUAGCAAUUCUGAUUUAUGCAUACCCUCUCUUUUCGGCAUUCAUGGUCCCCAUUGCCGUUGUGUAUGUGAUUUUGCAGUACUUUUACAUUACUACCAGUCGUCAACUGAAGCAACUGGAAGCCAUAUCCCGUUCCCCAUUCUUUUCCCAUUUCCAAGAAACGCUUAGUGGAGCCAGUGUGAUUGAUAUUUUUAAACAACAAGACCGCUUUAUUAAGGAGUUUGAGAAUUUCCUGGAUCUGAACAAUGGCGUAGCAUAUCUCAGCUUGGUUGCUCAAAGGUGGUUAUCACUAAGACUGGAACUAAUUGGCUGUGUGAUCAUUUUUAUCACCGCUGUGCUGGCUGUAUACGGUCGCGAUAACUGGGACAUCCAUCCUGGAAUUGUUGGCUUAUCUAUAACAUAUGCCGUGCAGAUUACGCAGGUGCUUAGUUGGUUUGUCCAAAAAGUUAGCGAUAUGGAAAUAAGUUUUGUUAGCGUGGAAAGGAUGAAUGAGUACAUUAAAUGUCCUCAGGAGGCAGCUUGGAUCAUUCCCGAUUCCCGUCCGCCUCCUGAAUGGCCGGCAUCGGGUGCAAUUCAGUUUACCAACUACAAAUGUCGGUAUCGUCCCGGUCUGGAUCUUGCAUUAAAAGGAUUAUCCUGUGAUAUUCUUCCCAGUGAAAAGAUAGGAAUCGUUGGGAGAACCGGUGCCGGUAAAAGCUCAUUGUCACUGGGUAUCUUUCGCAUCGUUGAACCCAGCGAAGGCUCCAUUAUCCUGGAUGGUGUUGACGUUUCGAAGAUCGGUCUGCAUGACUUGCGAUCCCGGUUAACAAUAAUACCACAGGAUCCGCUAUUACUCAGCGGAUCAUUGCGGGAAAAUCUUGAUCCGUCGGGAAAAUGUUCGGAUGAUGCCGUGUGGCAAGCAUUAGAAGCAGCGCACUUGAAACACUAUGUACGAAGUCUGCAAGGCGGACUAAUGCAUCCUGUGAGCGAAGGAGGAAGUAAUCUCAGCUCGGGACAACGGCAGCUGGUCUGCUUAGCCCGAGCGAUUUUGCGAAAGACCAAAAUCCUUAUCCUUGACGAAGCCACCGCCUCGUUAGACGCGGAAACGGAUGAGCUGCUCCAGAAAACUAUUCAUGAUGAAUUUAAGGACUGCACCAUGCUGAUCAUCGCCCAUCGACUACGCAGUGUGCUGGACUGUAACAGGGUAAUGGUUCUGGAUCGAGGGCGAAUUCAAGAGUUCGAUUCACCGGAUACGUUACUCAAAACAUCGAAUUCAACAUUUUAUAGUCUCGCAAUGGAUGCCAACAUCAUUCCCAGUUCCGAUCACUUGUCAGCACUCGGAGAAUCCAGUAUGAGUAGCUCGGAGAGUGACCGGAGUGUCAGUAACAGCAAAAGUCCGUCGUCUACCACUAUCAGUGCGGCUGAUUCCAAUUCCUGAUUUUUUAAAAUAGUCAACUGAUUUUUUUAAAAUAGUCAGCGUCUUAUUUUUACGAAGUCCCAUUUCGCAAUUUGACUGAAGAUUUUGUAACAGCGAUCCCGGUGUUUGAGA